GUGAAUCAAACACACCCAUGAGGUUGCGUCACAAACAGGUGCACCUUCGGUCUGGCUAAUAUACUAAAUGCUAACAUGCGUUAGCUUCUGCAUUCACGAAGUGUGUGUGUACUGAUUAUAUUCUGGAAGAAAGCAUGGAUUUGUGGACUGGUUAUAUUUUGCUUUGGAAAUACGGAAGCCGAGAAGUUUAAUCUGGAGCAGACUGUGGAGGAUCACAAUAAUAACAUUCAGACAGCAGAGUGAGUCCCUAUUCUGUCUGGCACCUUUUGCCCAAAUCUGGCUCCAAGUGUGGGGCUGAGCCGAGGGGGUACCGCAGGAGAAAUAAAGGAAGGAAGGAUGGAGCGAGGAGGCAGGAAGACAAGGUGUUAACACCCUUUUCAACACCAGAACCCCCUUGCACAAACCAAGCAGAGGGAAUCGUCUAAUUGUAAGACCAUCAUUGUCGAAGAGACGUCUGUAAAGCUGUUGACAUGAUUCCUCCAGCUGCAAACAAGGGUAUGAUUCAGCUUCGCUCGGUGGCUUCAGCUAUGAACGUGUAACCAUAACAACUGUGUUCUGAUUGGCUCUCCUGCCACGGGAAUUAACAAGGGCGUCAUCCAAUGUGAGAGCAGGAUGCGCGUCUCGCUGGCAAAACCUCGUGAUAACCCAGGCACAGUGAUGCGAAAGUGGCGGCGUGAGGUGAGCCCGAAAGGAAAUGACUGGACCCAAAACAAAGCAUGAGCGAGGGAUAAAAUAUUAGAAAAAUAAACACGUUUGAAUAAUGAUGUUUUAACAGUGUGCGCGUGAGAAAACAUGUCCGGUUUGUUCAUCAGCUGGCGCGGCUGAAAUCUCUCCUCUCUUCUGGAUUGUGGAUUGUGACAAGUGCAGGACAAGCAACAGAACAAGAGCAGGACUACAACAAUUCCCGGGGAUUGUCACUCUGCUGCCUUUGAACGCGGGGUUCCUCCACUUUUCGCCUGACAGCAAACCUCCCGCAGCCAAGACGUUGUUCCCCGUAGACCCGGGUUGCCCCAGUCCGAGCAGCGCAGUCCGUGUGGGAAGGUCGGCACUCGGCGUCCUGCAGGCCGGAGACAUGAUGGUCCACUGUGCCGGGUGCGAACGGCCCAUUCUGGACCGGUUCCUCCUCAACGUGCUGGACAGAGCCUGGCACGCCAAGUGCGUCCAGUGCUGUGAGUGCAACUGCAACCUCACCGAGAAGUGCUUCUCCAGGGACGGGAAGCUCUAUUGCAAAAUGGACUUUUUCAGGCGGUUUGGCACUAAAUGCGCGGGCUGUCUGCAGGGAAUCUCGCCAAACGACUUGGUCCGCAAAGCGCGCAGCAAGGUGUUUCAUCUGAACUGCUUCACCUGCAUGGUGUGUAACAAGCAGCUGUCCACGGGAGAGGAACUCUAUGUGAUAGACGAAAACAAGUUUGUGUGCAAAGAAGAUUACUCGACCUCCGGGGCCAUUAAGGAAGUCAACUUGAACUCAGUGUCGUCGUGUACAGAUAGGAGUUUAUCGCCGGAUCUGCAGGACCCAAUACAGGACGACAUAAAAGAGACGGACAAUUCAACGUCCUCAGAUAAGGAAACGAACAAUAUUGAGAAUGAGGAGCAGAACUCGGGGACCAAAAGGCGGGGGCCCCGGACCACCAUCAAGGCCAAGCAGCUGGAAACGUUAAAGGCCGCGUUUGUCGCCACGCCGAAACCGACCCGGCAUAUCCGGGAACAGCUGGCCCAGGAAACGGGACUAAACAUGCGAGUCAUCCAGGUUUGGUUUCAGAACAGAAGAUCCAAAGAGCGACGAAUGAAGCAGCUGAGUGCUCUGGGGGCCCGGCGGCACGCCUUCUUCAGGGGCCCGAGGAGGAUGAGGCCCCUGGGAGGCAGGCUGGAGGAUCCGGACAUCUUAGGACCUGGAGCGUACGGUUAUUACGGAGAAUACCAAGGCGACUAUUAUGGACCAGGAACUAACUACGACUUCUUCCCCCACGGCCCUCCAUCCUCGCAGGCUCAGUCUCCAGCCGAGUCGCCGUACAUCCUGAGCUCUGGACCCGGACCCAUGGAGGGAUCAGGCCACCACCCUUCAGACGACCAAAGGUUCACGGACAUGAUCUCCCACGCGGAAACCCCCAGUCCGGAGCCGGGCCUACCGAACUCCCUGCAGCCUAUCCCGGGGGAGGCUUACGGGGGCGGACCCAGUCCUCCUUUCUCCUUGGCUAGUAACUCCAGCUACAGCGCUCCUAUGUCCCACCAGGGCCAGGAGAUGGGAGAGAGCACAGCCUGGUAAAGGACAAACAACACGGACCAUUCCUGGGCUGAAUGUCAGCCUAGUUAAUUCAGGAGAUGAAAAAAAAAAAAAACACAUCGUGGAGUGAACAAUAAAGCUGAAAUUUUUAUGGAGGACUUUUUAAAUCACAAACU